CCGGUUGUGUGUUGAUCUCUCGGCUCGGUAAAAACAGCACUGUGGGUUGCCGCGAUGUCAGUUCAGUUUGUAGCUGCGAAAAUGGCUGAGGUCGAGCUGAAAGACGUCCCUAAGAAAGAAGUGCCCGUUGUUUCACCUGUUGCAUCUAAGACAGAUGAAAAAGGCUCGUUAAACAACGAGGCCACUGUUUCGGCAUCGUCUUCCCUGCCGGAGCCCGGUGUCAGGGGCGAGCCGAGUCCUGUGAACCCGAACCCGGUGAAGAUGCCUCAGGCGUCCGCGAUGAAGCGACCGGACCCGCAACAAAACGGUGGCGAGGCGUUCGUUAACAGUGACGGCACGGUCGCUGAGGCCCCUCGGAUGAAAAAGCAGAUCCAGUUUGCAGACCAGAAGCAGGAGUUCAACAAACGGCCCACCAAGAUCGGACGCCGCUCUCUGUCUCGCUCCAUCUCUCAGUCUUCUACAGAUAGCUACAGCUCAGCUGCCUCCUACACCGAUAGCUCGGAUGAUGAGACCUCUCCACGAGACAAGCAGCAGAAGAACUCCAAGGGUAAUGGAGACUUCUGCAUUAAGAACAUCAAGCAGGCGGAGUUUGGCCGCAGAGAGAUAGAAAUUGCUGAGCAAGAGAUGCCUGCUCUCAUGGCUCUGAGGAAAAGAGCUCAGGGAGAAAAGCCCCUAGCUGGAGCUAAAGUGGUGGGCUGCACCCACAUCACAGCCCAAACUGCUGUGCUGAUGGAGACACUGUCUGCAUUGGGUGCUCAGUGCAGGUGGGCUGCCUGUAACAUCUAUUCCACCCAGAACGAGGUGGCAGCUGCCCUGGCAGAGGGAGGAUUCUCUGUGUUUGCUUGGAAGGGUGAGUCUGAGGAUGAUUUCUGGUGGUGCAUCGAUCGCUGCGUGAACGUGGAGAGUUGGCAACCCAACAUGAUCCUGGAUGAUGGUGGAGACCUGACACACUGGAUCUAUAAGAAAUACCCCAACAUGUUCAAGAAGAUCAAGGGCAUUGUGGAGGAAAGUGUGACUGGAGUUCACAGACUGUAUCAGCUGUCAAAGGCUGGUAAACUGUGUGUGCCUGCCAUGAACGUCAAUGACUCUGUCACCAAGCAGAAAUUUGACAACCUGUACUGCUGCCGCGAGUCCAUCCUGGAUGGUCUGAAGAGGACCACAGAUGUGAUGUUUGGAGGAAAACAAGUGGUAGUGUGUGGUUAUGGAGAGGUUGGAAAAGGCUGCUGUGCUGCUCUGAAGGCAAUGGGCUCCAUUGUGUAUGUCACAGAAAUCGACCCUAUUUGUGCUUUGCAGGCCUGCAUGGAUGGUUUCAGACUGGUCAAACUGAAUGAGGUCAUCAGACAAGUGGACAUUGUCAUCACCUGCACGGGGAAUAAGAAUGUGGUAGUGAGGGAAAACCUGGACCGUAUGAAGAACGGCUGCAUCGUCUGUAACAUGGGCCACUCUAACACUGAGAUCGAUGUGGCCAGUCUGAGGACCCCUGAGUUGACCUGGGAGCGUGUGAGAUCACAGGUGGACCAUGUGAUCUGGCCUGAUGGCAAGAGAAUAGUGUUACUUGCAGAGGGUCGCCUCCUCAACCUAAGCUGUUCUACUGUGCCCACAUUUGUCCUGUCCAUCACAGCCACAACCCAGGCUCUGGCUCUGAUAGAACUGUACAAUGCUCCAGAGGGCCGCUAUAAACAGGAUGUUUACCUGCUGCCUAAGAAAAUGGAUGAGUAUGUGGCCAGCCUUCAUCUGCCCACAUUUGAUGCCCACCUCACUGAGCUGAGCGACGAGCAGGCCAAGUAUCUAGGCCUAAACAAAAACGGGCCCUUCAAGCCAAAUUACUACAGGUAUUAAAGCACCUCGCCAAUGGAAAAUGAAGACUAUAGAAUUUAGCCAGAUUCAUCAAUCCAGGGGAAGCAGGGGUUCGACCUCUCUGUCAGGGGGGAGGGAGAGGCUCUGUGCUGAUUGGCUGGAGCCUCGGGCGUGGCUUACAAUGGCUGCGACGUUUUUUUUAUUUAUUUUCUGCUACAAAUAGCAUAACUCUAAUCCUUUUAUGAGCUGCUGCUGCUAGUGGCCCAUCCUAGCACCAUCUUUAUGGAGAUUUCACCCUUUCAUCCUCUUUAGAUUCAUGUGUUAGUUGUCUAUAAUCUAUUUAGAAAUCUUUUGUUUAACAUUGGCUAAGCUGAUUUGACGAAGCUGAAAAAAGAAACUAAUGUAUUAUUUUUGACCUUUAAUGAUUUUUGUGUUGGACAUGCAGUUUGUCCUUUUGUCUUUUAUUUUCUACUUCUUCUGUGGGGUUCUUUCUUUCUUUCUAUGAAAUGCUGGGUUGGGACGUGGUUAUGGCUGGGUCCAAGGGUCUCAAUGAUAUGAUAUGAUAUGAUAUAUUCUCUUUCCUUUGUUCAUGUUAUUGAGAAGUAAUUAUUUAAAAAAAAAACCAAAAAAAAACCAAAAAAAAAAGAUUUUUAGUCAAAUUUUAGGAUUUGGAGUUUUUCAGUUCUUAAUCACAAUAAGCUUGUCAAAUUUUAACUGGACACUGAUAAAUGUGGGGACAGAGCCUCUUUACCCCACUGUCACUACAACUGGACACAGAUUAUUUCCGUGGCCAGACUGUGACCAUCUCAGCCUGUCUCCCAAAGAGGUGUGUGCUUUUUCGGUAUUGAAAUGAAGCCAGUAUUAAUGUUUUAAAAUGUUCCCUCUGUUGAGCAUUUCUCACACUGUAGGUCUUGAUUUUCUUAUCACAAUAUUACAGAUGCUUUUCAAGCUGUAUAAUCAUUCACAGGGGUGUAUAUUUAAAUAUUUAUACAGAAAACUAAGAUUUUUCUAUCUUCUACUUCCUGUUUCUGUUCCCAUUAAAUCAUCCUGUAUUAAUAUAGAGAUAAGCAAAUUAAAUGUUCUAUUGCAUUUUAGUGUAAUGUUAAAUGUACUGAAACAUUCAAUUUAUAUACUGUGAAGUAAAGAUUAUUUUGAUGAAAUACCAAAUGUAUAGUCAGGCCGGUACCCAGUUUCUUUGCCAGGCCCUCCAAGAUUUGUCUAAAAUGAGGGGAUUAGGUGAAACAGAGCGAUUUUGGUGCACAUUUCAGUGUUUUAAGGGGUGUUUGGAACAAACUGCUUUGACGUAACUGUUCUCAAAGCUGUCUUGACUGAAUGGCUUAUUGAAAUGGGACAAAAUCCGGCCGUUUAUUUCACUACACUUUUAAAAUGAGCUUUCAUCCUUGAUCAACUCUGUAUGUUUCUCAUGAAGAGAGUGAAGUGCUUCAGACUUCAUAUAGCUGUGCUUCCUGUGCCAUUUUCUGCUUUUACUGCAUAGCAAAACGGUUUAUUGUGACCAACAAAAUACACAAGUCUUAGAUUUUAGUGCUAAUACAUCAGAUCCACGCAUCUCUACAUUGGUUUUGUAUGUCUAUUCUGAUUAUAAAGUGUUAAGCAGGUCUCACCUCACUGGUCCUCCUAAGGUGGUGAUGUCACGCGCAGCAUUACUACACCACACACCUAAAACACUUCAUUAAAUCCCACAGCAGUCACUCUGUCAUAUUUUACACCCCAAAUGCACAUAGUGUUAAGUUUAUGUACCGGAGCCCUAAACUGUAUCACCAUGUUCAAGUUCGAGUUAUUGCCCCAGCUGUUUGUCAGUUUCUCCAUCUGUCUGUGUUUAGUCGACAACACUUGUGCUGACCUUGACGUGUCUUAAUUUUCUUGUUAAUUUCUUUUAUUUUUUCUGUCUGUCUGUUUGAGUGUGCAUACAUUUACGUGUAUGUUUGAGAGGGCGCGUGUGUGUGUACAGGUUUUUUGCAAGGUCAGAAUUUUGUCGCAGUGUUGCUGUUGACUCAGGAUCCAAGCCUUUGUCUAAGGCUGACAUGAUCAGUGGCUCCACAGCAGCAUGCGCAGCGAGUUAACACCAGCAUCUCAACUGAGCUUAGUAGGAACUAAAUCAGAUCCACUCCUGUAUUUAUUGUAUUCAGUACAAAUACCAGAAUCUUUAAUGUUACUUUGUCAAACAAUGUUUAAAUAUUUCAAAUUGAUGGUAGAUGAGCAAUAAUCAGUAUGUAACCUGAAAGAAUAAAAUAAAAGCUAUAAAAAUGUA